CAGAGACAGAUGAUGUCCAACAGCAGCUCCAUCACCCACUUCCUCCUCCUGCCAUUCACAGGCACACAGCAGCUGCAGCUCCUGCACUUCUGGCUCUUCCUGGCCAUCUACCUGGCUGCCCUCCUGGCUAACAGCCUCAUCAUCACCACUGUAGCCUGUGACCACCACCUGCACACCCCCAUGUACUUCUUCCUUAUGAACCUCUCCCUCCUUGACCUGGGUGCCAUCUCCACCACUGUUCCCAAAUCCAUAGCCAAUUUCCUCAGGAACACCAGGGACAUCUCCUAUAUAGCCUGUAUUGCUCAGGUUUUUCUCAUUCUCUUUUUAUUUUCUGCAGAAUAUUUUCUCCUCACCACCAUGUCCUACGAUCGCUACGUUGCCAUCUGCAGACCCCUGCACUAUGAGACUCUCCUGAGCAGCAGAGUUUGUGUCCACCUGGCUGCAGCCGCCUGGACCUGUGGCUUUCUCUAUGCUCUGCUGCACACAGCCAAUACAUUUUCAUUGCCCCUCUGCCAGGGCAAUGCUGUGGAACAGUUCUUCUGUGAAAUCCCCCAGAUCCUCAAGCUCUCCUGCUCCACAUCCUACCUCAGGGAAGUUUGGCUUAGUGUGGUCAGUGCUUGUUUAUUGUUUGGCUGUUUUGUGUUCAUUGUGGUGUCCUAUGUGCAGAUCUUCAGGGCUGUGCUGAGGAUCCCCUCUCAGCAGGGACGCCACAAAGCCUUUGCCACCUGCCUCCCUCACCUGGCUGUGGUCUCCCUAUUUAUCAGCACUGUAAUCUUUGCUUAUCUGAAGCCUCCUUCCAUCUCUUCCCCAUCCCUGGACCUGGUGGUGGCAGUUCUGUACUCGGUGGUGCCUCCAGCAGUGAACCCUCUCAUCUACAGCCUGAGGAACCAGGAGCUCCAGGCUGCCAUGAGCAAACUGAUCACUGGAUGCCUUCUGAAGCAAUAA